ACCAUCUCCCUUCAACUUCAUUGGAUCAUUGCAUGUCAUUACUCAUUACUUUACUUUUACAAAGAUAAUAAUAACAAGAAAGGUAUAUAGAAAAACAACUACUCACUUCACUAUAUACUUUCUUUCUCUCUCUCUUUCCUGCCGACGAACGCCACAUAUUCUACACGCCCACUCUGCGCGUCUUGUCAUCAUCGUCCUCUUUGAUUCUCUAACUUUGAUUCUAAAAGAAAAGAAGAGAAGAUGCUGAAGAACUUUGCUAUUAAGGUUGAAGAAGGAAAGGAGGGUGAAAAUGGAAAACCAUGUGUCGGUCCAGUUUACAGAAACCUGCUGGCGAAGAAUGGAUUUCCUCCCAUGGAUCCUGAUUUCAGUACUACUUGGGAUAUUUUCAGUGUCUCUGUCAAAAAACAUCCAAAAAAUCGGAUGCUGGGAUGGCGUAAAGCUAUCGAUGAAAAGUUUGGACCAUAUGUUUGGAAAACGUAUAAGGAAGUUUACGAUGAAGUUCUGCAUAUUGGUUCUGCUUUAAGAGCUUCCGGUGCUGAACCUGGUUCUCGAAUUGGAAUUUAUGGCUCUAACUGUCCUCAAUGGAUAGUGGCAAUGGAGGCUUGUUCUGCCAACAGCUUUAUUUGUGUGCCUCUCUAUGAUACACUUGGCGCCGGUGCUGUUAAUUUUAUUAUAGAUCAUGCAGAAGUUGAUAUUGUUUUCGUCCAAGAUAAGAAGGUGAAAGAGCUUUUGAAACCUGAUUGUAUAUCUGCUAAGCGACUGAAAGCAAUGGUGUGCUUCACUUCAUUAACAGAGGAACAAAAAGAUAAGGCAGCCGCAAUCGGAAUUAAGCCAUAUUCUUGGGAAGAGUUUUUCCAUAUGGGAAAAGAAAAGCCAUGUGAGAUUUAUCCACCUCGUGCUCAAGACAUAUGCACUAUAAUGUAUACAAGUGGGACAAGUGGAGACCCCAAAGGAGUUGUUUUAUCGCAUGAAAAUAUUGUUGCUUUAGUACGAGGCAUGGAUCUUUUCAUGGAACAGUUUGAAGACAAGAUGACAGUUGAAGAUGUGUAUUUAUCGUUUCUUCCGUUGGCUCAUAUUCUUGAUCGCACAAUUGAAGAGUACUUCUUCCGCAAUGGUGCAUCUGUUGGCUACUAUCAUGGGGAUCUAAACGCUUUGAGGGAUGAUUUAAUGGAGUUAAAGCCAACACUAUUUGCCGGUGUGCCACGUGUCUUCGAAAAAGUAUAUGAAGGUAUCAAGAAAGCAGUGGAUGAACUCAAUCCAUUCAGGAGAGCAGUAUUUGGCAUGCUCUACAACUACAAACUUGGCUGGAUGAAUAAAGGAUAUAAGCAGAGAGAAGCAUCACGUUUAGCGGAUCUAUUAGCCUUUAGAAAGGUGAAAGCGAGGCUUGGUGGGCGAAUUCGACUAAUCAUUUCUGGGGGAGCAGCUUUGAGCCCCGAAAUAGAAGAGUUCUUGCGUGUUACUUGUUGUGCCUUUGUAUGUCAAGGCUAUGGUUUGACUGAAACGUGUGGACCAACAACACUUGGAUUUCCUGAUGAAAUGUGCAUGUUGGGUACAGUUGGUGCCGUUUCUAUAUUCAACGAGCUGCGCUUAGAGGAGGUUCCCGAAAUGGGAUACAAUCCUCUUGCAACUCCUCCAUGCGGCGAGAUUUGCAUCAGGGGCAAAACUGUCUUUACUGGAUAUCACAAAAGUCCUCAGCUCACCACCGAAGCCAUUAGAGAUGGAUGGUUUCACACAGGUGACAUAGGAGAAAUGCUUCCCAAUGGUGUUGUGAAGAUCAUUGACAGGAAGAAGAAUCUUAUCAAGCUUUCUCAAGGAGAGUACAUAGCACUUGAGCAUCUCGAGAAUGUUUAUGGAGUUACUCCAAUAGUUGAAGAUAUCUGGGUUUAUGGGAAUAGCUUCAAGUCAAUGUUGAUUGCAGUAGUAGUGCCAAACGAAGAAAUUACAAAUAAGUGGGCACAUUCAAACGGUCACACAGCAUCUUUCCCCAAACUCUGUUCUCUUGAUCCAUUGAAGAAACAUGUGCUAUCGGAGCUCAAAUCAACUGCUGACAGAAACAAGUUGAGGGGAUUUGAACAUAUCAAGGGAGUGAUAUUGGACCCACUUCCAUUUGACAUGGAAAGAGAUUUGGUGACUGCAACACUCAAGAAAAGAAGAAACAACAUGCUCAAGUAUUAUCAGGAGCAAAUAGAUGAACUAUACCAGAAUUUGGCGGGCGACAAGAAAAAACUAUGAGUAUCCAAAGACUGGUGAACCUGUUUAUGAGUCUCCAUGUGCUUUUGUUUUUCGUACGAUGAUGUAUUAUGCAGUAAUUAAACAUGUACUUCUACUCAAGUUCCGAAACUAUAUAUAUUAUUUUGAGUUACUAGCAUGUAAA